AUGGCCAUCGACUAUCGGCAUGGGAUCUCCAUCCUGGAGGUCAUUGUUUACUCUCCAACCCUCUUCCUUGCUCUCUGGAUGGCAUUCCACCAUGGGUUCAAAAAGAGCUCGGGCUGGUUCUUUUUCGUCGUCUUUUGUCUUGCCCGCAUUGUUGGCUCAGCAUGCUAUUUGGCCACGAUUCACUAUCCUUCCAGUGUCGAUCUAUACAUUGCCUGGGCUGUUUGUACUUCACUCGGACUGUCGCCAUUACUAUUGGCUUGUAUUGGACUUUUAUCAAGAGCGAAUGAUUCUAUUAUGCGAAAAACUGCCAACGCUUUCCCUCCGAUGUUCUUUCGGGUUGUUGGAAUAUUUGCGCUAGUUGGGGUGAUUCUGAGCAUCGUCGGCGCAACCGCGAACUCCGAUAUUACCCAUGGCCUUAUCAACAUAGAGACGAAAGUUGGACUCAUUUUCUACCUUGUUGCCUGGAUCGGUGUCUGUGGACUCCUCCUCCUGGUUUCGACACGAACUCACAGUAUCGAAGACGGAGAACAUCGCCUGCUGCUAGCCGUGGGAAUCUCUCUACCCUUGAUCCUCGUGCGAUUAAUCUACUCUUUCAUCUAUGCGUUUGGCCAGAAGGCCGAAUUCAGUAUGCUAUCAGGCAAUAUCACAAUUCAGCUUGUGAUGUCUAUCCUAGAAGAGAUUGUGGUUGUUCUUGUAUGUUUGGGUAUCGGCCUUACACUUCAAGUACGACCAUCCGCAGAGUAUACCCAGCAGCCCAGUGUCUCCAGUGGACAUGAAAACUCGGUGGAGCUGGAGAGCGGCCAAUUGAUGGGACAAACGCGCGAAAAGAGACGAGCCCAAGGACCAAAGCGUCGGGGUGGUCCCAUUACGAGACUCGUAAUGUUUAUUGUGGAUGAGAUCAACGACAGGAAGCAAUGA